AUGCUACGGUGCUACAAUCAGUUAGACGUGAAGGCGAUGAACUUAGGAAAACCAGUGCUGGAACAGAUCGUUCAUACUCCACGUUGUGCUGGUGGAACGUUUCGAUCAACCGGAACAUGGAGUCGCGUCAGAUUGCCAUUUCGACGUAAGAAAUCGAGCGUCAGUAUGAACAGUGAACCAGAUAUGUCCACCUUACCGGAUUGGGCUCGAACUCCGUGGACCAGCACUGCGAGCAUCACAGCCACAGACCGGGACACAACGAAUGUCACAGAACGACCUUACGGAGGAGCGUUUAAUCGUCUUGGUGUAGGUUUGCAAACUAGCGAACUGCUUAAAUGCGGAUCGUGGAUGGAACAAUUGGCGGGUACCGAUUUGGAAAAUCUCAUUCCAACGUACUGUGAGCAUAAAUUGGCAGCUCGUUUUCAACUUCAGUUGGGACAAGCGAACGGGGCCUCAAUCGUUCGAGAAAUUGAAAUGGCGCAACAUGAUCCGUGA